AUGUUGUCUAAAUCUUUCGUUGCUCUGUCCCUUCUUUCGUCGUCGGUGUCGGCUGAGACUGUGCUGGGAGUGUAUAUGUUCCACAGACAUGGAGAUCGCACACCAAAGGCUCUUGCUCCGGCCAACUUGACCGAUCUUGGUUACACUCAGGUCUACACUUCUGGAGACUACUACCGCAGUCGUUACAUCGAUUCGGAAGCCGACCACAAGAUUCUGGGCAUCAACUCCGAUAUCGUCAAGCAGUCGCAGAUUAGUGCUUCCGCUCCUUCUGAUACUGGUAUGUCUUUGCAUAUCUCCGAGGAGAAAACGCAUUGGGAGCAAAGUUUCUCUGACUCAUGUUAUGCAGUUCUUCAAAACUCGGCCACUGGUUUCUUGCAGGGUCUUUAUCCUCCUGUUGGCGAGGGUUUGGGUUCUCAGACUCUCCGAAAUGGAUCUAACGUGACUAGCCCGCUCAAUGGCUACCAACUCAUUCCUUUGGCCUUGACCACUAGCGGUGGUGGCAGUGAGGACAAUGGCUGGCUUCAGUCUGCUUCUGGCUGUGCCAAUGCUGUCAGCAGUUCCAACGAGUACUUCUCUAGCCCUCAAUACACCGAUCUGCUUGCCAGCACCCAGGACUUCUACAACAGCCUUAUUCCUGUGAUCAAUGGCACUUUCAGCGAGAGCCAGAUCAGCUACAAGAAUGCCUACACCAGUAAGUUGUCAAGUCAUGUGUAUUCAUGGUCAAUGCUAAAAGAUGAUAUCCAGNUCUACGAUCUGAUCCAUGUUGCUGAAAUCCACAAUGCCACCAUCAACUCAUCUGAUGUGCUUACUCCUGAAGUCCUUCACCAGAUCCAGUCUCUGGCAGAUGAACACGAGUGGGGUCUCGCUUACAACUCCUCCAACGACAUGCGUGCCAUCGCUGGCAAGGUGCUCGCUGCUGAAAUCGUCCAAUUCCUCAACGGCACCAUUACUUCCCAAGGCAAGAGCAAGUUUGGUGUCCAGUUCGGCGCCUACGGAACCUUCUCUUCCUUCUUCGGUCUCGCCGACUUGCCAGUCACUAACCCUGACUUCUUUGGUAUGACCGAUUAUGCCUCGUCCAUGGCUUUCGAGCUUGUUACCAAUGCCAGCACUUCGCCUUUCCCUGCUGCUAGCGAUAUCUCCGUUCGUUUCUUGUACCACAACGGUACUGCCAACGCUACCAGCCCACCUACUGCUUACCCUCUCUUCGGCACUGGCAAUGAGCUUACCUCAUGGAACGACUUCGUCACCAACAUGGACAAGUUCAGUAUUGGCAGCACACAGGCCUGGUGUACCGCCUGCGGCAACAGCACAGGUACUUGUGCUGCCUACGCUCCUGCCUCUUCCUCUUCUUCCCCUUCCAUCCAGAACAAGGAGAAGAGCGGCAAUGGCUUGAGCCCUGCCGUAAACGGUGUUAUCGGUGCCAUGGUUACUCUGGCUAUUGUGCUCGGUCUCGAGGCUUUGGUGCUGCUGGUCGGUGGAUUCAAGGUUGUCAGCAAGAAGACUCUUGCGGCAAGCGCUGUUACCGCUGAGACCGUUACUGGUGGCAAGGCUGCUUAA